AUGUGGAACUACCUGUACUUGCUGCCAGUCUUCCUAGCUCUGUGGGCUGCGGCUGGCAUCUGGAUUGUCUUCGCAAUUGCCGUGGCUAACAAGACUGUGGACCUCGGGAACGGCUUCCCCUUUAUCAGUAAAUGCGGGUCUUACGCUCCCCAGAGCUGCAUUUUCGGCCAAAUCCUCAAUACAGGAGCUGCUCUAGCUUGUUGGAUCUGUAUUGUGCGUUAUCAUCAACUCCGGGACUGGGGAGUCAAAACGUGGCAAAACCAGCUGAUUCUGUGGACGGGGCUCCUCUGUGCCCUGGGAACCUCCAUAGUAGGCAAUUUCCAGGAGAAUAACCAGAAGGCCACACACCUGAUAGGGGCCUUUCUGGCCUUCAUCCUGGGCAACCUGUACUUCUGGCUACAAUUCUUUCUGUCCUGGUGGGUGAAGGGCCUGCCCCAACCUGGGCCCCGCUGGAUUAGGUGUCUACGCCAGAGCUUCUGCAUCCUCUCCACAAUCCUCAUCGUGGCCAGUAUCCUUUUCCGGGGCUGA